AUGGCUGAUCUACACAUGCCAUUGGAUGUUACAAGGAGAGAGUUGUUCUUCCUUAUGCUGGGAUCUCUUUUGCAAGCAGUUUCUGGGCAGAUCCGUUACUCAGUUCCUGAGGAAUUGCCAAAAGGCUCCUUUGUGGGGAAUAUUGCAAAGGACUUGGCGAUGGAUUUGAAGCAACUCUCACAUGGGGGCAUCCAGCUUAUUACAGAAGGUAGGAGACAAUAUUUUGACCUUGAUUUCCAAAAUGGCCAUUUGUGUAUUCAUGAAAGAGUGGAUAGAGAAGCAAUAUGUGGACGACUCUUAACUUGCAUGCUAAAGUUAGAGAUUCUUAUUCAGGAACAAGUGAAGGUUUACAUAGCUGAAAUUGAAAUUGAAGAUAUUAAUGACAACGCACCAACUUUCAAAGUAGAGGCGGUACAGCUAAAAAUCCUAGAAAAUACAGCCACAGGGUCCCGAUUCCUUCUGCCAGAUGCACAGGACCCAGACUUAGAAAAAAACUCUUUACAGACCUAUCAACUCAGCCCCAAUGGACAUUUCACGCUUGAUGUACAAACUGCUGCAAAUGGAGGCAAAUAUGUUGAACUUAUACUAGACAGGACUCUGGACCGGGAAGAAGCAGCUUUCCAUGACUUAAUCCUCAUAGCCACUGAUGGGGGGAAUCCUGUGAAAUCCGGAACUGCGCAUAUCAGGGUUGUUGUUGAAGACGUAAAUGACAAUGCGCCAGUUUUUUCACAAUCUGUUUAUAAAGUGACUGCAAUGGAAAACAUUCCCAUAGAUUCUCUGUUACUAACAGUAAAUGCUACUGAUGUGGAUGAAGGCAUCAAUGCAGAGAUAAUGUACACAUUCAGACAAGCAUCAGAAAAAGCUUUAAAUAUAUUCCAUCUGGAUCCCAAGACUGGAGAAGUCAGAGUGAAACAGAAUUUGGAUUUUGAAGAGAAUACUAUGUAUGAAAUGGAGAUCCAAGCCCGUGAUGGAAGGGGUAUAUCGGGCCGUGCAAAUAUUUUGGUGACUGUUAUUGAUGUAAAUGAUAAUGCACCAGAGAUUGCAGUCACGUCUCUCACCAAUGCUGUGAGUGAAGAUUCCCCUCAAGGAACUGCAGUAGCACUGUUAAGAGUAGCAGACAGGGAUUCAGGUGACAAUGGAAAGGUCUGGUGCUCCAGCUCUGAGAAGCUGCCAUUUCGUUUAGAGAAAACCUUUGACAAUUAUUACAGUUUGGUGACUGACAGAUACCUUGACCGAGAAAUAAUAUCAGCUUACAAUGUAACUGUCAUAGCAACUGAUAAAGGAACUCCUCCUCUAUCCACAACAACCAUCAUUCCCCUGAAAAUCUUAGACAAAAAUGACAACCCACCCACCUUUCAAGAGAAGUCCUACAUGUCCUUCAUAACAGAAAAUACACCUCCUGGAACUUCUGUUUUCACAUUAAAAGCAAACGACCCAGACUGGGAGGAGAACAGCAAAAUUACUUAUUCUAUCAUUCCAGACCAAGUGAAGUAUGCACCUUUCUCCUCUUACCUCUCUAUAAACUCUGAGACUGGAGCCAUCUAUGCCCUCCGCUCCUUUGAUUAUGAAGAGUUCCAAGAGAUUCACUUCCUAGUCAAGGCCCAAGAUGGAGGUUCACCACCACUCAGUUCCAAUGUCACAAUGAUUCUCUUAAUUUUAGACCAAAAUGACAAUUCUCCCCAAAUCUUAUAUCCCUCCCUGCCCAGUGAUGGCUCGACUGGAGUAGAGCUGGCCCCUCGUUCCUCUGAGCCUGGAUACCUGGUCACUAAAGUGGUGGCAGUGGAUGCAGACUCUGGCCAGAAUGGAUGGCUCUCCUAUCAGUUACUCAAGGCCACGGAGCCAGGGCUCUUCACCAUAGGACUCCAUACUGGAGAAAUUAGGACAGCCCGUUUCCUUCUGGACAAGGAUGCUCUCAAGCAAAGCUUGGUGGUUUUAGUGAAGGACAAUGGGCAGCCUCCUCUCUCUGCCUCAGUCACGGUCACUGUGGUGCUGGCCGACAGCAUCCCCGAAAGCCUCUCUGAUAUUAGCAGCAUCUCAGCUCCUGCAGAUCCCGAGUCGGAUCUCACCUUCUACUUGGUGGUUGCUGUGGCUUUUGUCUCCUGCUUGUUUUUCACCUUCCUCCUUGUGUUAUUGGCACUCAGACUUCGCAAGUGGAGAACUUCUCAGUUGUGUGAGUCUGGUAGUAUCCAUUUCAAUGGAGUUCCAGUUUCACAGUUUGUGGGGAUUGAUGGAGUUCGAGCAUUUCUUCAAUCCUAUUGCCAUGAGGUUUCAUUAACUUCGGGUUCUCGGAAGAGUCAGGUUCUCUUUCUUACAAACACCCUGAGAGCUCAGCAGGAUUCUAAUAAAUCAGAACCUUUUUUCCCUGCAGAAGAUUCAAAUAUGAACCAAGAAGGGCAAGCCGUUGGACAGGUGAGUCUUACUUUGUCUUAUUAUUGA